CUGUAUUAUACGGUCUCGGCAAUUGCAACAAAAUAACAUUAUAAUCGCACGUCAAAACGUUGUUGUUGGUCGCAGAAAAUACAAGCCGGUUUAGUAUAUCGAAUCCGAAACGUUAAAAUCGUCUCCAAUGCUGUGUAGGUUUGUAGAACUGCGCGCGGUGUUAGUGUGAGGGGACUUCCAAGCAUGGCCACCGACAACAGAAUACAUUUCUGGAGGAAAAACGCAAAGGUUCCAGGAAGGUAGGUUUCAGUUCUUCCUCUCUUCUAUGAUAACAAUCUCGUGAUUCUUAAGAUCAGAAUUGUGUAUUCUGAUAAUGAGUUAACUCUGUAUUUUAGUGGGCGUAACGUCGUUGAUUUUGCGUAAUUACAGUGCCAUUAAAGGUUAAUAAAACUUAUGCUUAACCUUGUUUGAUAUAUAGUUUAUAAAGCCUUUAGACAAUAAGGACGUGGUGGUCUUUGUUGCAUCAAAGCACUUAUUAGAGCGCAUACUGAGGUCAUCUUCAUGUCUUUGUCUUGGCUACCAUAUGUUGUUACCUAUAUAUACAACCUAUGGUUCAGACAUGUCAGGUGGUCUGUAACGGGUGAAUGUUGACAUGUAGCAUAUGCAGCAGACUGAGAAAAUACUUCAGAAACGUCCCCAAUAGAUUAUUAACAAAUAGAUUGGCGUAUGGUUUAUCUUGUGGAAACCCUUUACCGGUGGGAAAAUUGACACAAUGUGUCUAUCUAAUUAUGGACCAUAAUGACGUUUCACAAUGUAUCUCUUCAGAAACGAUCAUAGGGGAAGUUGGUUGCAACAUUGUAGCUAUCAGAGUUGACAGUCAUUUCUGGUCUAGAGUGAGGAUCUUGAUUUAUUCAUUUUAAACUCAAGAACCUAGUUUAAAUAUUUAAACAGAAUGUUUUUUGAAAAAUCAAAAGCUUUAUCCUGAGUUUCCAUUUGUGCUGUUCCUGUGAACAAUUAGUGGAUACAGUUAUUCUAUCCCAAUAGGCUACAUUUUAGUUGUCAUGCACAGUUUUAUGAAUGAAUAUUAUCCAUUAUUUUAGAUACAUAAUGUUGAGCGGAAAGUACAAAUCAUUCCUCGUUACAGGUUUUAUCCUCCGUGUUGGUGCCCCUCCUAAGUCAGUAAUUGAGUCAGUCACAUGGGGGAUGAGAGAACACUCAGCAGCAGAUGUCAGUCACAUUGGAAAUGCAUGACCAAGGCCCAUAUUCACAACGUGCUGAUCCAGGAUCGGUUUAGCCUGUUAGAUCACAACGAAUACAAUUAUAUGAACAGUGGAGGAUCUGAUCCUAAAUCAGCACAGACACUCCGAGACACUUUGUGAAUACAUUUACAUUUACAUUUUAGUCAUUUAGCAGACGCUCUUAUCCAGAGCGACUUACAGUUAGUGAGUGCAUACAUUUUCAUACUGCCCCUCCCCCCCCCCGUGGGAAACGAACCCACAACCCUGGCGUUGCAAGCGCCAUGCUCUACCAACUGAGCUACACAGGGCCUAGCCCGAAUCAGCCCAGGCAGUUGAAUGGUUGUUUUCCUGCCAGGCUGCCUGUGUCUGUUGAGGCUCCAGGCCAGGCAGAGGCAGGGUGUGGUGGGUGCCAAGGUAAUGCGAGUAGUCUCUAAGGAGUGGGAGUUGCCUUUGUAAGGAAAUAACACUGUUCCCAAUCCUGACAGAACAAGUUACGUAAUAAGCCAUUAUGAGAUACCAUCCAGACAUGAUAGGGUAUUGCCAUUGUCCAUAUUACAGUCUGUAAAGAAAUACAUUCUACUAAAAGGUUACCAGGUAAAGUUAAGCUCCUACAAAUAUCCCUGAAAGACCCAUCUGAUGAGCCAUUUUACUACAACAUGAGAUACUAUUGUGUCAAAGACCCAACAUAGUCCAGAUAACAUUAGGCUAUUUCCCCCUCCACCGAGCUUGGUUCACGUCAGAAACACAAAGGGAGACAGACACGCAGGCGCCUUUGGACUGUGUUGCAGGUCACAGCUCUUGUAGCAUCAUCAGAUUUGGUGGUGAGUGCUCAACAUGCUAGCAUCCGCUGAACAGGAUACUCUCUCCAUGGGGUGGCAGUAAGACUGUCACUCGCCCUGGCAAGCUGUUCACAUAAUCUCUUAAAGCUACAGUAUACGCCUACUGUUCCAGUCAGCAAUCACUUGAUCAUCUGCUUCAUUGUGUUGAGAAAGCUGCUGAUUAAGUAAGAGUGACUGUUUUAGUAUCUAUCUAUGCAUAGUCACUUUACCCCUACCUGCAUGUACAAAUUACCUCGACUAACCUGUACACCCCCGCACAUUGGCUCGGUACCGGUACCCCCUGUAUAUAGCCUCGUCAUUGUUAUUUUAUUGUGUUACUUUUUAUCUUAUUUUUUACUUCAGUUUAUUUAGUAAAUAUUUUCAUAACUCUAUUUCUUGAACUGCAUUGUUGGUUAAAGGCUUGUAAGUAAGCAUUUCACAGUAAGGUCUACACCUGUUGUAACAACCAUUACCCAACACCAAAACAUAUCAUUUUUAUGACUAUUUUAGGAGCGUGCUAAGAAGUCCUCAGUCUGACCAAUAUGGCUGCUCUGGGAAGUCUAUGCUUUCAUAAUGAGUCCACUAUAAUGGCCGACAUUGUCAAUGAAACAUGAAAAGAGGCCUCAAUAGGCCCACAUGCUCCCAGUGACGUACAGGUAGGCUACUGCUCUUUGUCUUCUACAGUAUACAGCCAGUUUAUGGAGCGCAGCAUCCUCCACUUGACCCCAGAAUACACCGCACGUAAGUGCUCUGCGUAGCUGGUCUGCAUGGAACCCACAGGGAUUUAUAAUAUGUGUCAUUCAGCAGAUGUUUUGAUUUCACCCUUUAAUUUUAAUUGAUUCAACAUAGAUUUUUCGCAUGCUUACUUUAGAUUGUUGAUGUUUGUGUCUCGUCUAUAUUGCCAAGCACUUGAACAAGUGUGGAUGGUAUUUUUUUUAUUUCUUUAGAUUUUUUUUUUUAAGGGGGGAAAGGUCGGCUUUAAUAUUGCAGAUAGAUUGUAGCUUCCAUCAAUGUGGAUGGUAUUGUUGGUUUGAUUGUUCCAUGUUAUUACAUUGAUCUUCUUUUUAGACUAUUUUUUUAUUGACCUUUUUAUGCCUUUUGUUCAGCGGUUCCUUUUUAUAUUAUACACUGAGUAUACAAAACAUUAUGAACACCUGCUCUUUCCAUGACAUAGACUGACCAGGUGAAUCCAGGUGAAAGCUAUGAUCCUUUAUUGAUGUCACUUGUUAAAUCCACUUCAGUGUAGAUGAAGGGGAGGAGACAUGUUCAAGAUGUAUGUGUGCCAUUCAGAGGGUGACUGGGUAAGAUAAAAUAUUUAAGAGCCUUUGAACGGGGUAUGGUAGUAGGUGCCAGGCGCACCGGUUUGUGUCAAGAACUGCAACGCUUCAAGAAUGGUCCACCACCCAAAGGAUAUCCAGCCAACUUCACACAACUGUGGGAAACAGAGUCAUCAUGGGCCAGCAUCCCUGUGGAACGCUUUCGACACCUUGUAGAGUCCACGCCCCGACAAAUUGAAACUGUUCUGAGGGCAAAAGGGGGGUGCAACUCAACAUUAGGAAGGUGUUCUUAAUGUUUUGUACACUCAGUGUAUGUUGUCAAUGUAUCAUAUUGUCUUUACCAUGAGAGAGCUUUAGCUGCUCAGUGGUUUCUUCUUUGUGGCACGUAGAUUAAAAGUUUUCAUUUUUUCUCUGCAGGUUUCCUAAAGACACGCCAAAGGCAAAUAAUCUCAAGUCCAAAAAGGCGUCUAGUUUCCACGAGUUUGCCCGUAGCACCAAUGAUGCCUGGGACAUUGAUGAUGAGGAGGAUGAGGACUUCUCAGCUCCAAUCCAUCCCUUAUCUCUCCCGCCCACCCUGCACUCCACGCACCAGGUACAACAACCCAUUAACACCACCACUGAGUCAGAAACAGGGCCGGGGCUUGCAGACCGGCUGGCUCCCCCAACAGCAGAGGUCCGUCUUCAGCAUGAGAAGGCCACAGACUGUGGACAGAUCAAUGGCAGAGUGGUGGUGAAGUCCAGCAGUGAGGCCCUGCUCAACACCAAUACAGGUAAUGUGGACACUGGCCACUAAAGUCAGGGGUAGAGAACAUGUAUAAAACGUUUAGUGUUAAUAUCAAUUAAAGAUAUUGCUCCAUUAUCAACUCAAAACUGCCUUGAUUAUUAUUGAUAAUCUGCUCUCUAUGACUUGUCACUCAGCAAUUCCCAUGAUCCUCCUCGCACUCUCUUCCUCCACAGUGCGCUCAACUCUGCAGAAGCAACAAUCUCUCCCAGUUCGCCCCAUCAUCCCGUUAGUCGCCAGAAUCUCUGACCAAAAUUCCUCGGGGGCCCCAAUCAUGACAGUGCGAGACAAGAGCCGAUUGGACAAAUUCAAAUACCUUCUGUCCUGUCCUAACACCGACCUCGGUGAGACUCAACACCAUAUUUACUGAAGAAAAAUAUAAACGCAACAUGUAAAGUGUUGGUCCCAUGUUUCAUGAGCUGAAAUAAAAGAUCCCAGAUAUUUUCCAUACACGCAAAAAGCUUAUUUCUCUGAAAUGUUGUGCACAAAUUUGUUUACAUCCCUGUUAGUGAGCAUUUCUCCAUUGUCAAGAUAAUCCAUCCACCUGAUAGGUGUGGCAUAUCAAGAAGCUGAUUAAACAGCAUGAUCAUUACACAGGUGCACCUUGUGCUGGGGACAAUAAAAGGCCACACUAAAAUGUGCAGUUUUGUCACACAACACAAUGUCACAUAUGUUUUGAGGGAGCGUGCAAUUGACAUGCUGAACUGCAGGAAUGUCCACCAGAGCUGUUGCCAGAUAAUUACAUUUUCAUUUCUCUACCAUAACCCGCCUCCAACAUCGUUUUAGAGAAUUUGGCAGUACGUCCAGCCGGCCUCACAACCACAGACCACGUGUAUGGCGUUGUGUGGGCGAGUUGUUUGCUGAUGUCAACGUUGUGAACAGAGUGCUCCAUGGUGGCGGUGGGGUUAUGGUAUGGACAGGCAUAAGCUAUGGACAAUGAACACAAUUGCAUAAAAUCAAUGGCAAUUUGAAUGCACAGAGAUAAUAUCCUGAGGCCCAUUGUCAUGCCAUUCAUCCACCGCCAUAACCUCAUGUUUCAGCAUGAUAAUGCACGGCACCAUGUCGCAAAGAUCUGUACACAAUUCCUAGAAGCUUAAAAUGUCCCAGUUCUUCCAUGGCCUGCAUACUCACCAGACUCACCCCAUUGAGCAUGUUUGGGAUGCUCUGGAUCGACGUGUAUUGACAGCAUGUUCCAGUUCCCACCAAUAUCCAGAAACUUUGCACAUUGAAGAGGAGUGGGACAACAUUCCACAGGCCAAAAUCAACAGCCUGAUCAACUCUAUGCAAAGGAGAUGUGCUGCUCUGCAUGAGGCAAAUGGUGGUCACACCAGAUACUGACUGGUUUUCUGAUCCACACCCCUACCUUUUUGUUAAGGUAUCUUUGACCAACAGAUGCAUAUCUGUAUUUCCAGUCAUGUGAAAUCCAUAGAUUAGGGCCUAAUGAAUUUAUUUCAAUUGACUGAUUUCCUUAUAUGAACUGUAACUCAGUAAAAUCUUUGAAAUUUGUUUAAUGUUGCGUUUAUAUUUUUGUUCAGUGUAGAUUGAAGUAGCUAUUACAAGUAGGCCAAUGUUGUGUUUACAUUGUAUGUAUUCUCAUUAUAUUAUUUACAAUGUAUGUAUUGUCAUUAUAUUAUUUACAAUGUAUGUAUUGUCAUUCUAUCUCCUGGGCCUUGUGAUCCACAGAGGAGCUCCGGAAGCACAGCUGGUCAGGCAUUCCACGAGAAGUGCGACCCAUCACAUGGAGGCUCCUCUCUGUAAGUACCAUGAUGACCUUGGACUUCCUCUCUGUAAGUACCAUGAUGACCUUGGACUUCCUCUCUGUAAGUACCAUGAUGACCUUGGACUUCCUCUCUGUAAGUACCAUGAUGACCUUGGACUUCCUCUCUGUAAGUACCAUGAUGACCUUGGACUUCCUCUCUGUAAGUACCAUGAUGACCUUGGACUUCCCCUCUGUAAGUACCAUGAUGACCUUGGACUCCCUCUCUGUAAGUACCAUGAUGACCUUGGACUUCCUCUCUGUAAGUACAGUGCCUUGCAAAAGUAUUCAUCCCCCUUGGUGUUUUUCCUAUUUUGUUGCAUUACAAAUGGAAAAGUGGUGCGUGCAUAUGUAUUCACCCCCUUUGCUAUGAAGCCCCUAAAUAAGAUCUGGUGCAGCCAAUUACCUUCAGAAGUCACAUAAUUAGUUAAAUAAAGUCCACCUGUGUGCAAUCUAAGUGUCACAUGAUCUCAGUAUAUAUACACCUGUUCUGAAAGGCCCCAGAGUCUGCAACACCACUAAGCAAGAGGCACCACCAAGCAAGGGGCACCACCAAGCAAGCGACACCAUGAAGACCAAGGAGCUCUCCAAACAGGUCAGGGACAAAGUUGUGGAGAAGUACAGAUCAGGGUUGGGUUAUAAAAAAAUAUCAGAAACUUUGAACAUCCCACGGAGCACCAUUAAAUCCAUUAUUAAAAAAUUGAAAGAAUAUGGCACAAACCUGCCAAGAGAGGGCCGCCCACCAAAACUCACGGACCAGGCAAGGAGGGCAUUAAUCCGAAAGGCAACAAAGAGACCAAAGAUAACCUUGAAGGAGCUACAAAGCUCCACAGCGGAGAUUGGAGUAUCUGUCCAUAGGACCACUUUAAGCCGUACACUCCACAGAGAUGUGCUUUACGGAAGAGUGGCCAGAAAAAAGCCAUUGCUUAAAGAAAAAAAGAAGCAAACACGUUUGGUGUUCGCCAAAAGGCAUGUGGGAGACUCCCCAAACAUAUGGAAGGAGGUACUCUGGUCAGAUGAGACUCAAAUUGAGCUUUUUGGCCAUCAAGGAAAACACAAUGUCUGGCGCAAACCCAACACCUCUCAUCACCCCGAGAAAACCAUCCCCACAGUGAAGCAUGGUGGUGGCAGCAUCAUGCUGUGGGGAUGUUUUUCAUCGGCUGGGACUGGGUGAACUGGUCAGAAUUGAAGGAAUGAUGGAUGGCGCUAAAUACAGGGAAAUUCUUGAGGGAAACCUGUUUCAGUCUUCCAGAGAUUUGAGACUGGGACGCAGGUUCACCUUCCAGCAGGACAAUGACCCUAAGCAUACUGCUAAAGCAACACUCGAGUGGUUUAAGGGGAAACAUUUAAAUGUCUUGGAAUGGCCUAGUCAAAGUCCAGACCUCAAUCCAAUUGAGAAUCUGUGGGAUGACUUAAAGAUUGCUGUACACCAGCGGAACCCAUACAACUUGAAGGAGCUGGAGCAGUUUUGCCUUGAAGAAUGGGCAAACAUCCCAGUGGCUAGAUGUGCCAAGCUUAUAGAGACAUACCCCAAGAGACUUGCAGCUGUAAUUGCUGCAAAAGGUGGCUCUACAAAGUAUUGACUUUGGGGGGGGUGAAUAGUUAUGCACGCUCAAGUUCAGUUUUUUUUUCUUAUUUCUUGUUUGUUUCACAAUAAAAAACAUUUUGCAUCUUCAAAGUAGUAGGCACGUUGUGUAAAUGAAAUGAUACAACCCCCCCCCCCCAAAUCAAUUUUAAUUCCAGGUUGUAAGGCAACAAAAUAGGAAAAAUGCCAAGGGGGGUGAAUACUUUCAUAAGCCACUGUACCAUGAUGACCUUGGACUUCUUCUCUGUAAGUACCAUGAUGACCUUGGACUUCUUCUCUGUAAGUACCAUGAUGACCUUUGGCUAAACUGGAGAUCACACACAAGGAGUAUGACGAUAUAUUGGGGUGGGUUUGACCCCUAUCUUUCUUUAGAUGUUUGUAUUUUAUUAUUACUUGUUAAACAAAAUCUCUUUCUCUGAGCAAUUGUAGUCGUAUAAAAUAAUAUAAUUUCCCAAAUUGUCACCGUAUGUGACAACUGCACACACAUUGCUCUUGGUAUUUGUCGCGAUAUGUUCAAAAUUCUCUUAUCGCACUUCCUGUUCCGGUACUGUUCACAUCUUCAAGAGUAUAUCCUCUUGUUUAAUAAACAACAUGUUUUCUUCGCUUUCAUUGUCGUCCUCUCUGUCAUGGCAGGGUUACCUCCCAGCCAACAUGGAGCGCAGAGACCUGGUGCUGAAGAGGAAGAGAGAUGAGUACUUUGGCUUCAUUGAACAGUAUUACCACUCCAGGACAGACGAGACUUACAAAGACACAUAUAGACAGGUAAUACAUGAAUCACCAAAUCCUAAACUACCAAUGCCACCUACUGUAGUGAGUCAAUGUUUAAGUAGCAUAUGCCUACUCUAGUGAGUCAGUGUUUAAGUAGCAUAUGCCUACUCUAGUGAGUCAGUAUUUAAGUAGCAUAUGCCUACUGUAGUGAGUCAGUGUUUAAGUAGAACAUGCUUUGUUUCCACAGAUCCACAUUGAUAUUCCGAGGACAAACCCGCUAAUUCCACUUUUCCAGCAGCCCACGGUGCAAGAGGUGAGCUUCUCUCUCAGCUCUUCAUACUAUUUGCAUGGCUUGGUUAGUCAACAUAAAAAAAAUAUAAAAAAAUCUUCUGGAGAUGGGUUUUCUAAUACACUCUUUGAAAAAAGGGUUGCAAAAGGGUUAUUCAGCUGUCCCCAUUGGAAAACCCUUUUGGGUUCCAUGUAGAACCCUCUGUGGAAUGGGUUCUACAUGGAACCCAAAAGGGUUCUUCAAAGGGUUCUCCUAUGGGGACAGCUGAAUAACCCUUUUAGGGUCUAGAUAGCACCUUUAUUUCUAAGAGUGUAGACAUGUAAUAUCACUUUGGACUGUAUCCUGGCCUGUCUGUGCCUUGUGUUCAUCAGGUGUUUGAGCGGAUCCUCUUCAUCUGGGCUAUCCGCCAUCCAGCCAGUGGCUACGUCCAGGGAAUCAACGACUUGGUCACUCCAUUCUUUGUGGUAUUCCUUUCCGAAUUUGUUGGUAGGUUGGAUGAUGUGUCAUAGAUCUGCAGGAACCAGACGAGGCUUUUCCAUAUGAAAUGAAAAUGGCCUCUGAAUCCACUGACAGGGUGUCCAAUAAUCUUGUCGUAUAUUACAUUCAGAAGGAUUAAUAAAGGAAACACUUGAGUAAAUGAGGGAUACAAAGUAUAUUGAAAGCAGGUGCUUCCACACAGGUGUGGUUCCUGAGUUAAUUAAGCAAUUAACAUCCCAUCAUGCUUAGGGUCAUGUAUAGAAAUGCCCAGUUGCCCAUUAUUUUGGUUACCAUGGCUAGAAGCAUAGGGGGUUCAAAGGGCGUGUGUGCGUGUCUCAGUCACCAGAUCUCAACCCAAAUGAACACUUAUGGGAGAUUCUGGAGCGGCGCCUGAUACAGCAUUUUCCACCACCAUCAACAAAACACCAAAUUAUGGAAUUUCUCAUGGAAGAAUGGUGUUGUAUCCCUCCAAUAGAAUUUCAGACACUUGUAAAAUCUCUGCUAUGGCGCAUUGAAGCUGUUCUGGCUUUUGGUGGCCCAACGCCCUAUUAAGACACUAUGUUGGUGUGUCCUUUAUUUUGGCAGUUACAUGCAUUCGUUUUGUCUGUGUGGUUAUUUGUCAGCAUUGCAAACCGUGCUUCCCUGAGUGAGCUGGAUGUACAGGUAUUUGUUGCUGACUGUGAUAUUUUGGGUGUGUCUCCACAGAGGAGGAUGUGGAGAAUUUUGACGUAGCGUCCCUUCCUCUUGACACCCAGAGGAACAUUGAGGCAGACAGCUUCUGGUGCAUGACCAAGCUGCUGGAUGGAAUACAGGUUGGUAUCUAGAAUGUUAUUCAGUUAUUUUCUACAUCUGCGCCUAUGGUAUUUAUUUCCGACACUCUUGUCUCCAGCAGCCCCCCCCUACAAUCACAAAUGAAAUCCUCCUCAUGAUGUGUUGUUGAUAUUAUUGUGGUGCAUCUGUGCAGGACAACUACACCUUUGCUCAGCCAGGGAUUCAGAACAAAGUGAAAGCUUUGGAAGAAUUGGUCAGCAGAAUCGAUGGUGAGAUAUGAUCUCCUCAUGUUGUUACAGUAUCUGAGGCAAGACACCUUUUCAAUUUAUAUGAAAAUAGAUAUCCAGUCUCCAUUAUUUCAGAUGGCCUCAGGGUCAGUUUUCAUCUCUCUUGUCUUUUCUCUACUCACUGUGUGGCUGCGUCCUUUUCUCUCAGAGGACAUACACAACUACUUUAAGAGGUAUGAGGUGGAGUACCUGCAGUUUGCUUUCCGCUGGAUGAACAACCUGCUGAUGAGAGAACUGCCUCUCCGCUGCACCAUCCGCCUCUGGGACACCUAUCAGGUCACACACAAACGCAUAGACAUUUGCAUUAAAACCUUUGUUUAGAUCUGAAUGUUUGUGUGAUUUAGAGAUGAUGUGUUUGUGUUCUUCACAUGAUCACCUGUCAUGUAUCCCUGCAGGCUGAGCAAGAGGGCUUCUCCCACUUCCACCUGUACGUCUGUGCUGCUUUCCUGAUCGAGUGGCGCAAAGAGAUCCUCUCCAUGGUCGAUUUUCAGGUACCAUUAAUUCUGUCCACUGUUGAACUGUUUGAGUGUACAGUAAUCGAGCAGGUUCUGUUGAUGAGGGUAUUUGAAAACAUAUUACCUUUUUUGUAUGGCCUGACAGACCCUCCAGUGAAAAGCUCUCAUUAAAAAACAAAUCUGCAUAUUUCAGUGUUCAUGACACUUUGCAGAUGGUGACCGUGAGGCCCACCAGGGAUUAUUCACACACUUCCUUCCAUCCAGUUCCAAAAUGGUGCUUAUGUCAUAAAAUGUGUCUCUGCCUUUCCAGGGUCUUCUCAUGUUACUCCAGAACCUUCCCACAAUCCACUGGGGGAACGAGGAAGUAGGCCUUCUCCUGGCUGAAGCAUACAGACUCAAGUAUAUGUUCGCUGACGCGCCCAAUCACUACAAGAGAUAGGCCUCUACAGUGCCUUGCAAAAGUAUUCAUCCCCCUUGGCGUUUUUCCUAUUUUGUUGCAUUACAACCUGUAAUUUAAAUUUAUUUUUAUUUGGAUUUCAUGUAAUGGACAUACACUAAAUAGUCCAAAUUGGUGAAGUGAAAUGAAAAAAAUAACUUGUUUCAAAAAAUUCUAAAAAAUAAAUAACGGAAAAGUGGUGCGUGUAUAUGUAUUCACUCUUUGCUAUGAAGCCCCUAAAUAAGAUCUGGUGCAACCAAUUACCUUCAGAAGUCACAUAAUUAGUUAAAUAAAGUCCACCUGUGUGCAAUCUCAGUAUGUCACAUGAUCUCAGUAUAUAUAUACACCUGUUCUGAAAGGCCCCAGAGUCUGCAACACCACUAAGCAAGGGGCACCACCAAGCAAGCGGCACCAUGAAGACCAAGGAGCUCUCCAAACAGGUCAGGGACAAAGUUGUGGAGAAGUACAGAUCAGGGUUGGGUUAUAAAAAAAUAUCCGAAACUUGAAACAUCCCACGGAUAAAUCCGUUAUAAAAUAAUGGAAAGAAUAUGGCACCACAACUCACGGACCAGGCAAGGAGGGCAUUAAUCAGAGAGGCAACAAAGAUACCAAAGAUAACCCUGAAGGAGCUGCAAAGCUCCACAGUGGAGAUUGGAGUAUCUGUCCAUAGGACCACUUUAAGCCGUACACUCCACAGAGCUGGGCUUUACGGAAGAGAGGCCAGAAAAAAGCCAUUGCUUAAAGAAAAAAAGAAGCAAACACGUUUGGUGUUCGCCAAAAGGCAUGUGGGAGACUCCCCAAACAUAUGGAAGAAGGUACUCUGGUCAGAUGAGACUAAAAUUGAGCUUUUUGGCCAUCAAGGAAAACGCUAUGUCUGGCGAAAACCCAACACUUCUCAUCACCCCGAGAACACCAUCCCCACAGUGAAGCAUGGUGGUAGCAGCAUCAUGCUGUGGGGAUGUUUUUCAUCGGCAGGAACUGGGCAAUUGCUGUACACCAGCAGAACCCAUCCAACUUGAAGGAGCUGGAGCAGUUUUGCCUUGAAGAAUGGGAAAAAAUCCCAGUGGCUAGAUGUGCCAAGCUUAUAGAGACAUACCCCAAGAGACUUGCAGCUGUAAUUGCUGCAAAAGGUGGAUCUACAAAAUAUUGACUUUGGGGGGGUGAAUAGUUUUGCACGCUCAAGUUUUCUGUUUUUUUUUGUCUUAUUUCUUGUUUGUUUCACACAAAAAAAACAUUUUGCAUCUUCAAAGUGGUAGGCAUGUUGUGUAAAUCAAAUGAUACAAAUCCCCCCAAAAUCCAUUUUAAUUCCAGGUUGUAAGGCAACAAAAUAGGAAAAAUGCCAUAGGGGGGUGAAUACUUUCACAAGCCACUGUAUGCCAGUGGUUCCCAACCUUUUUUUAACUGUGGCACACCUUGAUGGGAUAAAACAUUCUGCUGCACACAUACAAUGUCCCUAUUAAUUAAUUUAGUGGUAAUGACAUCCAUCUCAUCUGAAUUAUAAUGUUUUUCUCCUGUAAAAUAUAUCUUCUUUUUUUUACGGUUUGGGCUACAUAUGAACGGUUUUCUGCUUCGUAAAGGUCCAACCAUGAUGGACAUAAAGCCGUGCUCUUUUUGUUUCUAUGGCAGAGGCUGUGGUUCAGCUCAGCCUAA